AUGAACUUCAAGCUAAUCGAAGUCGCAGAGAUCGCCAAUCUUCCGGCGCUCCUCGACACGAUCGGCCUACUAGUGGUGCAGGGCAAUAACGCCCAGUUUUUCAAAGCCGUCGAUAUGUCCGAUCGAAACCAAGAGGAACAGCGACAACGUGAAAGAGAGAUCGAGAGAGAAAAAGAGAGGGAACGUGCUCGGGAGCGCGAGAAACCACCAAGAGCUGAUUCCCCAUGGCCAGGAAAGUACACAAGGACAUGA